GACAGCCCGCCGGGUCCGCACUCGCUAUGUUCAGGCCCUGCGCUCUCGGGGCCCCCAGCAUGAAAAACUACCGGGUGCUGCGCACGCUGGGGGCGGGCGCCUGCGCCAAAGUCAAGCUGGCGCUACACUUGGUGACCGGCACGGAGGUGGCCAUCAAGUUCAUCUGCAAGGCCAGGCAGGCGCGCCUCGAGUUCCUGGCCCGCGAGGUGGCUUGUAUGAAAGCGCUGCAGCACCCCAACAUCAUCCAGCUGUUCGAGGUGCUGGACACCCCGGAGGAACUCCUCCUGGUCAUGGAGUAUGCGGGCGGGGGGAACCUGCUGGACUACCUGCUCCGGCGCGGGCGCCUGGAGGAGCUCGAGGCGCGCCACAAGUUCCAGCAGAUCCUCGCGGCGGUCGCGCACUGCCACGCGCGGGGCAUCGUGCAUCGCGACCUCAAGCCGGAGAACAUCCUCAUGGACCGCGAGCACAACCUCAAGCUCAGCGACUUCGGGCUGAGCAUCGAGUGCGCGGGCGCGGCGCUCAGCACCUUCUGCGGCAGCCCCGAGUAUGCGGCGCCCGAGAUCUUCCUGCACCGCCCGUACGCGGGCCCCGCCGUGGACGUGUGGAGCCUGGGGGUGGUGCUCUACAGGAUGGUCACGGGCGCGCUGCCCUUCCGGGGCUCCGACCUCGUGGAGAUCCGGGACCGCGUGGUCAGCGGGCACUUCCACCUGCCCCCCUACCUCUCGGCCCAGUGCCGGGACCUCCUGGGCAGAAUGAUGGUGCUGGACCCCCAGGAGCGCAGCAGCCUGGAGGCCAUCCAGCAGCACCCGUGGGUGCGGCCGACUCAGGGGCUCCUGGCCGUCCGCGAGCCGUCGCCCAGCCACCACGACGCGGCCCUGGCGGAGGCCAUGGACCGAGCCUCAGGGCGCAGUGCCAGCUCCCCGUCAAGCCCCCAGGUGGGGGAUACCCGGGAGGACUCUUCCACCCCCACGCCGGGCCCCCUGCAGAGGGACGCCCCAGAGCGCAGCGCCACCCCCACGCCGGGCCCCCUGCGGGAGGACGCCUGGGAGGAGAGCGACACCUCCAUUCUGGACAUCCUGCAGGAGGUUGCCCCGGAGCCCAGCGCCACGUCAAUUCCGGGCCCCCAGGUGGAGGACAGCGCCACCCCCAGGUCACGCCCCCUGCGGGUGGACGCCUGGGAGGAGAGCGCCACCUCCAUUCCGGACCCCCUGCAGGAGGGUGCCCCAGAUCAGAGCGCCACCUCAAUUCCAAGCCCCCAGGCAGAGGACAGCGCCACCUCCAUUCAAGAGCCCCUGCAGGAGGAAGCCCCAGAGCAAAGUGCCACCUCAAUUCCGGGCCCCCAGGUGGAGGACAGUGCCACCCCCAGGUCACGCCCCCUGCGGGAGGAUGCCUGGGAGGAGAGCGCCACCUCCAUUCCGGACCUCCUGCAGGAGGGUGCCCCAGAUCAGAGCGCCACCUCAAUUCCAGGCCCCCAGGCAGAGGACAGCGCCACCUCCAUUCUAGACCCCCCGCAGGAGGAUGCCCCAGAGCAAAGCGCCACAUCCAUUCCGGGCCCCCAGGUGCAGGACACCAAGGAGGGUGGUAGCACCACCACCAUGCCAGGCCCCCUGGUGGAGGGUGAACAGGAAAGCAAGAAGGGACCAUUCAGUCCUGCCCCCCAG